AUGGCAUCUGCUCAACCAACAGAAAUGAAAGCCUGGCUCUACUCUGGCACAACCAACGGCCUAGAAAAGAACCUCCACUUCGACGCGUCGGCACGCGCGCCACCAGCCGUACACGGCAACAAUGUCCUAGUCCAAGUCCUGACAGCCUCCCUAAACCCGGCUGACUUCAAAGUCCCCGAAAUGGGACUAGUAGCGCGCAAAAUUGUGAUCGGCAUGCCCGCCUCCCCUGGAAUGGACUUUUGCGGACGCGUGGUUGUCGCCGGCGAUGCCGCGACCGAGUUUUCACCCGGCCAGCUCGUGUACGGAUGCCUCAGCAAGCCCGGACAAUUCGGCUCUCUGGGUGAGUACCUUGUGACGUCUGCUAGUCUGCUUGCGCCUGUGCCCGAGGGCGUGGAGGUUGAUCAUGCUGCGGCGAUCGGUAUUGCGGGACAGACGGCGUACCAGUCACUGGCUGGGUAUGUCAAUGCCGGCGACAAGGUUUUUAUCAAUGGCGGCUCUGGAGGAUGUGGAAUUUUCGCGAUUCAAAUUGCCAAGGAAAUGGGGUGUCAUGUUACGACUACUUGUUCGACGAAGAAUGUGGAGUUUUGCCGUGGACUCGGCGCCGAUGAGGUUAUUGAUUACUCGGCUGAGAAGGAUUUGGUUGCUACUCUACGUGAUCGUGGGGUCAUCUUUGAUCAUAUUGUUGAUCAUAUUGGAUACCCUGCGGCGAUGUAUCGUGAGUCGCAUCACUUCCUGGCGGCUGGGAAGGCGUUUAUUCAGGUUGGUGCGUCGGCCAUGGGCACUUUUGUUGAUAGGUUGCUUUGGCCCUCUUUCUUGGGUGGCGGAAAGAGGAAGUAUGUUAUCUUCUUCUUCAAGAAUACGAAGGAUGAUCUUGUGAAGAUUGGAGAAUGGGUACAAAAGGGGGCUAUCAAAAUUCAAUUGGAUACUGCCUACCAGUUUGAAGAUACUGUUCAGGCAUUUGAGAAGCUUCGCUCUGGCCGUGCUAGGGGGAAGAUUAUUGUUCAUGUGGCUAAGCCGUGA